GUGAGGAGGCGGCCAGAGAAGCGCGAGCUCCAUUCAAACUGCUCGAGGAGCUGCACGAGAGCAGAGUCUGGAACGCACACGCACGCGCCUCACCAUCACCAUGAGCCCAGCCGCGCGGCUCCGUUAGCGCGUGGAAGUGCAGCCCACGCUGAAGGACCCGCUCAGAAACAUCUGAAGAGACUUUUUCUGCAAACUUUACCAGCUUACCUGAAAACUAUGACGCCAGUUUGCGGACUUUUUUCGCGUUUUCUGAAACUUUGCACGUGUCUGUGACAAGAAACUGUCGACUCGCUUGGUUUCAAGCACUUUUUAAGCGUUGUGUUUUUUUGAACUCACUGGACACCGAUUGCACUUCUUGUCUCGCCGGAAUAACACAACUACUCACCGUCGACGUCUCUCUCUCUCUCUCUCUCUCUCUCUCUCUCUCUCUCUCUCUCUCUCUCUCUCCCUCCCUCCCUCUCUCUCGCUCUGACACCACACGAUGGAGCGGCUGUGGUUUCUGCUCCUGGUCUCCCUCAGCUUCUCCCUGACUGCUGCCUCUGGUCAGCUCUUGGUCAGAUCCCCCAGACAGUUGAGGAUGGUGGGCAGAGGCCGAAGCAGCGCGAAACAGAGCCCACCUGACCAUCAGGAGAGCAAAACCACACACCCCAGGAAGCUCGUUGGGCCACAUGUGUGUGGGGGUCAGCAGUGCUGUUCAGGAUGGGCCAUUGCACCUGGGACAAAUCGCUGCAUCAAACCGGAUUGCCAGCCGCCCUGUCAGAACCGUGGCUCCUGCAGCCGUCCCCACACCUGUGUGUGCCGCUCGGGCUUCCAGGGAGAGCGCUGUGAGGAGGUUGCCCCAGAACAGGUCUAUAUCCGUACCGGUACGUCCAGAGUGUUGACCCCAGUCCGGCCUGGCAGUGAAUCCAGCCAGCGGCAGCCUGGCCGCAGACGACCCACUGAGAGACAGGCAAUUGACCCUGUCAGAACCCAAACACCCAAACCUCCAACCACCAGGGUGCCCCAUUCACCUAUAACACAGGUCAGACGUGGCUCUCCAGACAUUUCGCCCCAGCAGACUGGAACGUCUAGGACUGUCAAGCGUUACCCUUCGUCCUCCGGACCCAUCACGUCCAACGCUCUGCCCAGCAGCAAUGGAAAUGGAUUCAGCAGCCAUGGAUACUCACACACUCAGCACCGAUCAUCCUCCAGCAGUCAGCUACAUGAUACCCACAGCAACUCCGUGUCUGCAGCAGGAGCCAACCUGACGACCGGCAUGGACCGCAUCAAGAUCGUCUUCACCCCCAUGGUGUGUCGGAGAACCUGUAAUGGGGGGCGCUGCUACAACAGCUGUGAACGUGGAGAUAAAACUACUAUAUACAGCAAGAGCCAAGGCCCAGAACCCAAAAGCCAGGGCUUCAGACUCUUCUUCUGCCAGCUUCCCUGUUUGAACGGAGGACGGUGUAUUGGGCAGAAUGAGUGUUGGUGUCCCUCAAACUCCACGGGGAAGUUCUGUCACCUUCCAGCUCCCACUCCCAGCAAACCCACCCCCAGCAGAAAGGCCAAUAGCAACGGAGUACAGAACGGCUCCUCCCACUCCAUGUACACCCUGCCUCUGUCCAACCAGCAAGCCUCUAUGCUCCCCUCUCUGGUGAACGUGCACGUCCAGCACCCUCCAGAAGCUGAGGUUCAGAUCCACCAGGUAGCACGAGUCAAACCAGGCCAAACUGCUGAUGGGGCACAUUCAGUCCAGCAGCGCUCUCAGCCUGGCAACAGCAAUGGGAAUGGCAGUGGGCACUACACUGUGCACAGCUAUGGGCAGAAUGGUGGGCACAGUCACCAUGGGCCUCAUCACAGGCUAAACGGAUAUGUGGGAAGAUGCUUCCAGGAAACAAUUGAUGGGCAGUGUGGGAAGCCUCUACCAGGCCUUACCAAGCAGGAAGACUGCUGUGGCAGUGUGGGGGCUUCAUGGGGUCUGAACAAAUGCACCAAGUGUCCAAGCAAACCUGCUUACGCAGUGAUUGCAAAUGGCCAAGUGGAAUGUCCUAAAGGCUAUAAGAGGAUGAAUUCAACUCAUUGUCAAGAUAUCAAUGAGUGUCUGAUGCCUGGCAUCUGUAAGCAUGCUGAGUGCCUGAACACUAAAGGCAGCUACAGGUGCACGUGUAAGCCUGGUUACAUGCUGGAUCCUGCCCGCAGCCAUUGUGUCUCGGAUAAAGCGGUGUCCAUGGAAAAAGCCUCAUGCUACCGGUCAGUAUCAGCUGGCUCAUGUGGCCUCCCGCUGUCCCUGAAAAUCACCAAACAGAUCUGUUGCUGCAGUCGAGUGGGCAAGGCCUGGGGCUCCCACUGUGAGAGGUGUCCAUUACCUAAUACAGACCUCUUCAAAGAAAUCUGUCCUGCAGGCCAUGGCUACACCUACUCUCGCUCAGACAUCCAGAUCACACUGAGAGAGCUAGACGAAGAGGAGAUUAGCACAGUUGAAUCUUUCCUUUCUCAGAUUCCCACAUAUUCUCAGCCAGAACAGACCCCUCCGGAGACCUCCGAUCCCCUGCCACAACUACCCAUCUCCCCUCAGCCUCCUUACUACCAUCCACAGGCUCCUACACGGCCACAGCCACCUAAAACACCCCAGCCUGGACAACCACCCAGGACAGCACAGGUCCCUCAUCACCCCUACACAGACCCCCAGCAUCAUGUACAUGUGUCCCCUUCAUUACCUGAGGAUGAAACAUUGGAUGUGCAGCCAACCUUUACAGCGUCACCUCCUUCAUAUCCAGAUGUGGUGGAGGUCACAUCCCACAUGCCCACCCAGCUAAAACCAGAGUCUGAUGGCCUGGAUACAGCUCCAAUUAAUGUCGCCACACAAGCCACAGACAUUGACAAGUGUUCCCUGACCCCAACCAUCUGUGGCCCAGGCCAGUGCGUGUCAGUGCAAACUGGCUACACCUGCUACUGUGACCCGGGCUACAAGCUCAACGGCCUGCAGACUACCUGCAUUGAUGUGAAUGAGUGUGAAGAUGACCCAUGUGGAGGGAAGGGACACUGUGUGAACACCUAUGGUUCCUACACCUGCCAGUGCUUCUCAGGCUUCAGCCUUCUGAUGACGCAGAACAAGAAGACAUGUCAAGACGUAAAUGAGUGUGCGAUCCCCAAUAAAUGUCCCAAUGGUCGCUGCAUCAACACUGAGGGAUCCUUCACGUGUGAAUGCAAGAGUGGCUUCACACAGAACUGGAGAGGACAGUGUGAAGAUGUGGAUGAGUGCAGGAGCCCUAGUGUCUGCCCUGGUGGCAUAUGUGUGAACACCCAGGGCUCCUUCCAGUGCCAAGCAUGUGGCCCUGGCUUCAGGCCUGCCGGUGGGAGAUGUGUGGACAUUAACGAGUGUCAGACAGCAGGUGCGUGUGCCAACGGUCGGUGUGUGAACACAGAGGGUUCCUUCAUUUGUACAUGCAACCAUGGAUACCAAACAACUCUGCGCAAUGACAGCUGCCAAGAUGUGAAUGAGUGCUUGGUCCCAGAUAUUUGUCCUCAUGGCACAUGUGUUAAUCUACCGGGCUCCCACAGGUGCAACUGUAACACAGGUUACCAAACCAGCCCUGAUGGCAAAGCUUGUGAAGAUGUGGAUGAAUGUGCUCAUCCCAGCCUGUGUGUGGAAGGUGUGUGUGUUAAUACUGUCGGCUACUUCACCUGCACCCAGUGUGAGGUGGGAUACACUCUCUCUGAGGAUAGGCAGAGGUGUGAGGAUAUUGACGAGUGUCUCUCCUUGUCCACGUGCCCAAAUGGCAUCUGUUUGAACUCGGAUGGAUCAUUCUCCUGUGUAGAUUGCCCUACAGGGUACAGUGUCUCAGCAGAUGGAGAGCGGUGUGAUGAUAUUGAUGAGUGUGCAUUACCCAAUGCCUGCCCUCAAGGAAAAUGCACUAACACAGAGGGUUCAUACACCUGCACUAUAUGUGGUCCCGGAUACAGAAUAUCGGAUGAUGGGAGCCACUGUGAAGAUAUUGAUGAAUGCCAGUCUCCUGAAGUGUGCCCACAGGCUGGCUGUAUGAACACUGAGGGUUCGUACUCCUGUAUGACCUGUGGUCCCGGCUACAAGCUCUCAUCUGACCGCCGCACAUGUGAAGAUGUUAAUGAAUGUGAGAGCAUGGCAAUGUGUCUGCAUGGAGACUGUAUAAACAUUGCCGGGUCUUACCACUGUGACUGCCACAUAGGCUUCGAGCUGAGGGACGCUGACUGCAGAGAUGUGGAUGAGUGUGGUGUAGCAGGAACAUGCACUAAUGGACAGUGUAUGAACACAGAUGGCUCCUAUCAGUGUCUGUGUGAGUCAGGCUACGAGUUCUCCGAGGACACGAAGGAGUGCGAGGAUCUGGAUGAAUGCAAGUCGUACAGUGACGUGUGUGGAACAUGGAACUGUGAGAACACACUGGGCUCAUACCGCUGCUUCAUGGGCUGCCAGUCAGGCUUCUAUGGAGAAGAGAACAAAGACUGUGACAUUGAUGAGUGCGAGGAUGAGACAAUUUGUGGCAAACAUGGCUUCUGCGAGAACACAGAUGGAUCUUACCGGUGUCAGUGUGACCGAGGAUACACCAGCUCUCCUGAACGCCAAAUCUGUGUUGAUGUAAACGAGUGUGAGACACACAGUGACCUUUGUGGCGAGGCUCUGUGUGAGAAUGCAGAAGGAAGCUUCCUGUGCAUCUGCCCCAAUGAGAAUGAGGAGUUCGACCCUGUUACUAGCCAGUGUAGCCAGCACAGUACUGACUUACCAGACUCAGCAGGGCCUGUCUUCCAAGCUCCUCCUCCAGUUGCCUCUGAUGAAGGACAGAGAAAGGAGUGCUACUACAACCUGAACGAUGCAAACUUAUGUGAAAACGUGCUCUCCCGUAAUGUAACAAAGCAGGAGUGCUGCUGCACUGUGGGUGCAGGCUGGGGAGACAACUGUGAAAUCCACCCCUGCCCAAUCAAAGGACAUGAGGAGUAUGAUUGGCUCUGUCCACAUGGCUCUGGUAUUCUCACAGUCAUCUCCUCAGUACAAGGAUUUAGUCAGCUCCAGCUCAGAGAUGCAGAUGAAUGUGAGAUGUUUGGGCCCGAAAUCUGUAAAAAUGGUCAUUGCUCAAACUUCUACUCCACUUACUCCUGUUUCUGUCGCAGUGGCUAUUACUACGACCACAUUCGUAUGGAGUGUGUGGACUAUGAUGAAUGUAAGGAGGAGAAUCUGUGUGAACAUGGAUUGUGUGUGAACACACCUGGCUCCUACAACUGUUUCUGUAGCCCUCCACUGGUCCUGGACAGCACACAGCGUCAUUGCAUCUCUAUCAACAUCACGGAUGGUGCUCAUGAGUUCCAUAAUGUUCACGUGGACAUCUGCUGGCAGGAGCUGAAAGCUGACAGAAUGUGUUCUCAUCCUAUGUUGGACACUCGGACCACCUACACAGAGUGCUGCUGUGUCAGUGGUGUUGCCUGGGGUUCACAAUGUGCCUUGUGCCCUGGGCAAACAUCUAGUGAGUUUGCCGAAUUGUGUAACCAGCCUCAGAGAGGCUCAGACAGUCUACGGGAGAGACCAGGCUUUGAGUAUGGACCAGAUGCCUCUCCUGAUGGACCUUACUGGGAUAGUUAUGGUCAUUUGGGAGGUGACCCCUACUAUAUCCCCGAAGGACCUUUGAAUGGCCCCAUCUUCCCUGAUCCCUCAAGUGAUUAUAGCUCCAGAGAGGCAGUGCAAGUACCUGUACACAGAACCAGGGAGAACCAGCCACCCCGCCGAGUGGACCCAUACAUGGGUCAUAAUGAGGGCUUUGAAGGCUUACAAGCAGAAGAGUGUGGCAUCUUGAAUGGCUGUGAAAAUGGCCGCUGUGUUCGUGUGCGAGAGGGCUACACCUGUGACUGCUUUGAUGGCUAUGAACUUGACCUAAGCAAGAUGGCAUGCAUUGAUAUAAAUGAAUGUAAGGAUAUUAGUGACAAAGUGGAGCUGUGCAAGAAUGGAGUUUGUUCUAACACAGAAGGCUCAUACACCUGCACCUGCCUGCCAGGCUUUCUGGCCACCUCCAAGCCCCAUGAGUGCAUUGCAGAGGACCAAGCGUCAGCCCCCCAUACGGAGGGGAAGUGACGCCCUUCUCCCUCACACCCCUCUACCAUUGCUCUAAUGAACUGAACCUAAACCUGCAUCAGUGAAGCCAAGCCAGCUAAGCUCUAAACAUCCACACAAACAGUUCCCACUCUAUACUGCUCAUUCAGACUUGUACAUAAAGAGUAAUGAUUUUAAAAAUCAUACAUGUGGUAAGAUGACCUGUGAAAUGACUUCUUUUUUUUUUUGAAGGACUCCCAGCACAGCAUUUUGAGCAUCACAUGCGAGCAAUUAUGACGUGUUUUUAUGCACAGAUAAUAUACUUAAUUUGUUAUUGGAGGUCAUUCCAGCUCAGGCUUGUCACUCAAGGCUUCAUUGAGGGGGGGGCUGGACUUUUUGUACAGAUCUAGUACUAUGUAUUAAAUUGGUUUGUUACAUAUUCUAAUAAUACAUUCAGUACACUCAAUAUUUUUGUUUGACCAAAAGGGUAAGAAAAAAAAUACAAAAAAAUCUGAUUAACCUUGUAGAUUUAUAGAUUUCUGUACAAAUGUUUUUAUAACACUAUCGUAUGUAUGAAAAAGUGGUUUACACUGUAUCAGAUAAAGUGUAUGUAUCCUGCCCUGUGGAGCAGACAAUGAAAUGUAAUUUUAUGGAAUGACUGCACUUUUUAACAGAUGUUAUGUGGUGCCUUCAAUCCAGCAAUCACAUAGUCCAGAGAUUUUCAGCAACAGGUAACAUGUCACAUUUGCUAGAUCAUAUAGCCAACUUUCAAUUAUAAUUUAUGCAUACGUACAUACAUUUUGCUGGCUAGAUAUUCAACAGAUUGUAAUCUGUUUUAAAGGUAAACAAAACGCAGUCCACUUUUGUAGACAAGGUAUUCUGUCGUGCUUAACUAUUUCACAUUAACGUUUCACCACUGGGACUGAAACAGAGGAUUUACAUGGAUGUGCAGGACUGAAUACUAUACAAGACAGUUAUUUAACUGCCAUGUGACGCCUGCAGCAUCUCCAUGUAAGUGUUAUAACACCACCAGAGCUCUUCUUAAAGAAAAGACCCUAACUCGUCAUGUGUGGGUGGUGCAUGUCAUGUUUUAAACACAUUCCUGUAGAUGCUGCAGUCCUCUGUUUAGUCACUUUAGUAUCCCUGUUGCACAGUGUCUGUGUUGGUGUGCACUGUGUAAUCUCUACUGCCUGUGCUCAGUACAUGCCUAGAAAUGAAGUAACUCCCAUAAGCACAUUUGAUUUUGGUAUUUUGGAAUGCAAUCUUAAACGUGAUGUAUGAUGAUGUCCAUAAGUAGGUUGUAGGACUGCCCCCCCCCCCCUGUAUUGGAAACUGUGGUCUACCAUGUUUUGUUCAUUCUGCUUUGAUUACCUCUGACUGUAGUUGUGUCCGGACAUUAAAGUCUGACAGUGAAAAUGUCA